AUGUUGCUGCGGUCGCGCUGUGUUGACAAAUAUUCUCUAGGCCACCCGAACCUGAACCUCUCUGCCGAAGAGAAACGAGUCUACGGACAACUGCUGAAAGACGCCGACCCAGAUGGCUUUGGAGCUGUUUCUGGGGACGUGGCUGUCAAAUUCUUUGAGCGCACAAAGCUCCCUCCCGAUGUUCUUGGACAGAUCUGGCAGAUUGCCGACACAGAAAAUCGAGGCUUCUUGACACCGGCUGGCUUUGGAGUUGCAUUGCGAUUGAUCGGACAUGCACAAGCCGGCAGAGUCCCCUCUGCACAGUUGGCACCGCAACCGGCUCCUCUGCCUCGAUUCGAUAACGCUGCAGGUGAACAGCCACAACCUGCACCACCGCAACCGCAACCGCAACCUCAAUCCAUUCCUCAGCAGUUAACCGGAACACCGACAAGCCCUGCUGCCGCGGCUCAUCCAAUUCGCGUCCCAGCCUUGGGCCCCGACAAGGUUGCGGAGUAUUCGUCGUUAUUUGAAAAGUCAGGUGCAGAGAAUGGCUUUCUCUCAGGCGUGGUUGCCAAGCAGAUAUUUGAGAGAGCGAGGCUACCAAAUGAUGUUCUUGGGAGGAUCUGGGCAUUGUCCGAUACCCAGGGACGAGGUAGCCUGGAUGUCACAGAGUUUGUCAUCGCAAUGCAUCUCCUGACAUCCUACAAGUCUGGGCAGAUGCGAGGCGUUCCCAGCGCCUUACCACCCGGCCUGUACGAAGCCGCCAGCCGCCGAACACCUGUGCGGAUGGGCAGCGGUUCACGGCCAGGUUCCAGUGCACUCCAUGGUGUACCUCCCCAGCUCCCUGCCUUCAAUGCAAGGCCACAAAGCCCCAUUACCCGUCAACAGGUCAGCACACCACUGUCUGCGCAAUCCACCGGUGAAGCCUGGGCGAUCACUCCUGCCGAUAAAGCCCGCUUUGAUACCAUUUUUGCGAGCAUUGACCGUCAAGGGUCGGGUUAUAUUGAUGGCGAACAAGCCGUUGAGUUCUUCGGCAAUGCUCGGCUCCCGGAAGAGGUUCUCGCACAAAUCUGGGACCUGGCAGACAUCAACUCGGAGGGUCGAUUAAACAAAGAUGAGUUCGCUGUUGCCAUGUACUUGAUACGGCAACAGAGGGCUACGAGAGAUGGACGGGGCAAUUUACCCCCAACUCUGCCUCCCGCCCUGGUUCCCCCGAGUAUGCGGAAGCAGCAAGCACCUCCGCCUCAGCCUACCGCGCCAUCUUUUGAGAAUGCGCCUGUCACCAAGCCUCGAUCUGCCGCUGACGAUCUCUUCGGCCUCGAUGCUUUUGGACCUACGCCCUCUGUUCCAACACCUGCCAUACCUCAAGUUGCACAAUCUACAGGUGGCACUGACGCCGGUCCUUUCGCCAACCCUCCAAGCUUUGCUGCAAGCCUUUCUCCUCAGCAUACAUCAACAACCUUUAAACCCUUCAUUCCUUCGAGCUCUUUUGGACAAAGUAUUAUCCCCCAGUCGACUGGCUCUCCUGCUCCGCAAGCAAAAUCACCUCCUAUGCCAAGUGACGAUCUUCUCGGAGACGCAGAUCCAGAGAUCAGUUCGAAACUCACAAGUGAGACAAGCGAGCUAGGGAACCUGUCAAAUCAAGUCAGCACUUUGUCCAAACAGAUGACUGAGGUCCAGGGAACCAGGAAGCAAACGGAGCAAGAGAUUUCGACCACUUCGGCGCAGAAAAGAGCCUUUGAAGGUCGACUGGCUCAGUUAAGGUCACUGUACGAGAAGGAAGUUCAAGAGGUCAAGGCGCUUCAAGAACAAUUGACUGUAAACAAGACUGAGAUUAAAAGACUGCAACAAGAUAUGGCGAUGAUAGAUGGUACGCACCAGGAUCUUUCCACUCAACACCAACAACUACGUACGCAACUGGAGUCUGAUCAACGCGAGAAUCUGGCUCUGAAAGAAAGAAUUCGGCAAACCAAUCAGGAAGUAGACCAAUUGAAACCCCAGCUUGACAAGCUCAAGUCAGAAGCACGUCAAACAAAAGGGUUGGUGGCCAUCAAUAAAAAACAGCUGGCGACUAAUGAGACAGAACGAGACCGAAUCAAGGCUGAAAUUGCAGCUGCCCAACAAGAACUUGAGGAUGCGAAGAGAGAGGCCGAAGAAUCUGCCCGACAGGUCGAAGCUUCGAAGAGGGAAGUAGAGGACGCCCAGAGAGAGGCUGAAGAAUCUGCACGACAAGUUGAGGCUUCGAAGAAGGAGUUAGAAGAGGCACGUAGCGUCCCCACUCCUUCUGUCAAAAGUCCUCCGCCUGUGGCGAGUCCGGCCCCUUCGACGAACUCCAAUCCGUUCUUCAGACGCACCACCGAGACCAGUUUCUCUCCGCCAAUCUCUGAAGAACAACCGAAAGACCACAGCCAGAAUGCUUUUGAUAGUAUUUUCGGUCCAUCAUUCGCUUCGGCUGCUUCCCCUGCGCCUGCCGUCUCCUUUUCGAGUUCCUCGCCUCCGGCGGGCUCGACAAGUGCUCAACCGAGCGAGACGGGUGAAUCCACGCCAUACCGUGCCCCAGGGGAAGCGCCACCUCCGCCUGAGUCGCGGCAGCUGACCUCUGCUUCUCUCCCAUUCCGAAGACCGCUGGAAAGAGAAGACUCUAUUAGCUCUUCAGUCAAGGUAGCAGUACCAACGAGCCGACUUAGUCCUUCCGACACGCCUCGCGCGCUGACGCCGACGACCUCUACGUCGAGCCCGUCAGGGGCCCCGCAAUCGCACGACGAUCCGUUCACCACCUCAGCACCGGAUGAAGAACAAGAAUCUGUGCGACAAACACUUCCUCAGCCCUCCUCGGGUGACACGGCAGAAGAUGCUUUUGGGAAGCCGUCGUUAGGCUCAUUCGGCAUUCCAGGCGCGUUCCCUUCCAAUUCUCGAUCAGCUACUCCUGCUGAAGGCACAAGCUCACGUACCGCGACUGCCGGAGCUGAAAUUCCUGCCGCUGCUACUGCCGCGAUUGCUGCAAGCGUCUCAAGCGAGGAUACAGCAGCUCGAGACGGGACGACAGGGCCCGCACUUCCAUCCACGGAACGGAAUUUCGAUGAUUACUUCGGCGGACCUGUCCAUCAGCGAACAGCGUCGCAGAAGGCUGCCGAUUUCGAUUCAGCAUUUGCUAGUAUACAGCAGCCUCAGGCAACGAAUGGCGCCGGUGACAGCGCGGGCAAAGAAUUUCCCGACAUACAAGAGCUGGAUGGAGACGACGACAGCAGCGACUACAGUGACGAGACACCCAUGAAAUUUGAUGAUGACUUCACCGCCAAAUCUCCUCCCAAGGACACUUCGAACGGCGGCGACAUCAAAGCGGGAAAACAGCGCGAAUUUGAACCUGGCGCCGACGCCCAUCGGCCCUCCUUGCCACAGGCAGCAUCUACUGCAAGCUCGCUCCCACCCCCGGACGCUCAAACAUCACCUCCAACAUACGGCGAUGUCGUUCCUCAUGAUGACCCUGCGCAUUUUCCUCCGGAGUUCAAGGGCUUGUUGCCGGAGAGGCAGGAUCCUACUUUGUCACCACCAACUGAGGGAGGCUCCAGUAAUCCCGGUCCACUCCCAUCUGGCGAGCCACCUGCCUACGGUCCUGAAGCUCAUGCCAGAAGUCCCAAAGAGUCGAAAGCGUCUGCACCUCCGCCGACCGUAGCUGCGCCUUUCGACUUUGACAGUGCCUUCACUGGCGUAGGCGCAGCACCGGUAGAGGACGACAACGACGAGGACGAGGACGCUGGUUCUUUCACUGCCUCCAAGACCGCAGCCGAUUUCGACCCCACGUUUGACUCGCCACCACAAGCACGGUCCUCGGCUGCUCCUCAUCCGACGACAUAUGGCGCCGGGACGACGAAUGGAGCUCAUCAGGGAGGGGGUGAGAACUUCUCAUUCUCGAAUGGGUCGCCCGGUGGGCCUGGAACUGGUCCCAAUGUAGCAAGCUCACAUGAUUGGGAUGCUCUUUUCGCGCCGUUAAACACCAAUACAGCCUUUCCCGCGACAGAGCCAGCAGGACAAGAAGCUGCGCCUCCUGCUGUGCAGCCUGCAGAAGCGACGUCUGCCUCGGCCACCCCAGCCUCAGCCAGUUUGGCAGCCCCGGCUUCUAAACCACAGCGCCCGCAGCCUGGUCGUGCUUUAAGUACCGGCACUGAGCAUGACGAUCCAAUUCUCAAAAGGUUAACGGCAAUGGGAUGGUCGCGCGAGGAAAGCUUGGCUGCGCUCGAGCAAUUUGAUUAUAACAUUGACAAGGUGAGAUCUCCAUGGCUUGUACAACCACAUCGUUGCGACUAUUGCUGA